AUGGAACUGAGCGAGAUCGAGGAGCUGCCGAGGAGGCUCCUUCGGGAGGAGGCGGGUCGCGCCUUCCGUCUCCAAGCAUCGGCUUCGAUGGACAUGUGGCUCUGCAUGAAGCGGGCCAUCAAUGCCUCGGAGAAGGCGAAGAAGGCCUACGACGACGGCAGGGCCAGGGUUGCCGAGGCUGGCAAGGCUAUCCAGGACCAUGCGAACCUGGUGAAGGAUUUGCAAGCUGCCGAACGGCAGGUCAAGGUGUAUGAGGCCAAGUUCGCCGAUCUGUCGUCUGCCCUGGAGUCGGCACAGCUGUCGGCUAAGGAGGCUCUGGAGGCAAAGGAUGCCGUUGCGGUGGCUCUGGAGGAAUCGGAGCGUGCCAAAGCAUCGGAGAUUGAGGCUGCCGUCCAGGAGGCCAUUCGGAAGUAUCGCCACUCUGCCGAAUUCUCUACCUUGCUCGACAAGGAGGUGGGCUCGGAGAUGGUGGAUCUCAUCUACCGAUUCAAGCGGUACAAUCCUGGGACGAAGCUCAAUCUGAAUUUUAUUGCCGAUCCUCCUCCCCUUCCCGAAGGCGUCACAGAAGAAAUGAUCGAAGAGUAUGAGGGGGAGGACGCUCCGGAAGAGCCUGAAGCUGCUGGUGCCGAAGGGGUGAAUGCCGAGGACCCGUCGUCCUGA